AUGGACUUUUCCACCCUCUCGACACACGUUCUGCGUGCCGAGCUCGAGCGCCGCCAUGGCGGCGGCAGCAGUGCCGACAGCGAUGCACCGCGGCCCGAGUGCGGCUCGGGCAAGCGCGGUAACUACGAGACGGGUCUGCACGUCUUUGCCCUCUUUCUGAUUCUCGCCAUCAGCGUCCUCUCGUGCGGCUUCCCCCUGUUCAGCCGGCGCGCCAGCGGCAUGCGCCCGUCCAACGUCGUCUUCCUGUCGCAGCACUUUGGCACCGGCGUCCUCAUCGCCACCGCCUUUGUGCACCUCCUGCCGACCGCCUUCGUCUCCCUCACCGACCCCUGCCUGCCGCCCUUUUUCAGCCAGGGCUACACGCCCCUCGCGGGCCUCAUCGCCAUGGUCUUUGCCAUUGGCGUCGUCGGGCUCGAGUCGUACCUGACCACGCGCGGCGCCGGCCACGCGCACUCGCACGCGCACAUGUGGGAGGAAGUCGACACCGAGGACAACGACGAACACCAGCGGCCCUCGGGCCAACGCGCCCGCAGCUCGUCGACAACAACGGUCGGGACCGGCCUGGCUGCGCGCCGCGGCACGAGCUACCGGCCCGACAACAUUGCCUUGAACGACGUCGCGGCGAGCGAGGGCGAGGGCCUGAUGGCGGGCGCGUCGCCCCUGCCCGAGUCGUCGCCUGUGCCGCCUGUCAACGGCAACGGCAGUGGAAAUGGACACGGACAUGGACAUGGAAACGGAAUGGGAAACGGCUAUCAGAAGACGAAGCGCUCAGACGACAGCCGGGAUGGCGCCGGCAGCGACGACGGCGAAGACGGGUCGCUCGACCUCGCCCUGCACCUCGACGAGCUCGACCCGGCCACCACCACGGCCAGCCACGGCCCGAACCAAGGCGAAGGCAUCGCGCCCCACCGCCCCGACGCCGAGGAACAGAAGCGGCUCAUGCUGCAGUGCAUGCUCUUGGAGGCCGGCAUCCUGUUCCACAGCGUCUUCAUCGGCAUGGCCCUCAGCGUCGCCACGGGCCCCGCCUUUGUCGUUUUUUUGGUCGCCAUCGCCUUCCACCAGUGCUUCGAGGGCCUGGCCCUCGGCAGCCGCAUCGCCGCCAUCCACUUCCCCCGCGCCUCCUACCGGCCCUGGCUCAUGGUCCUGGCCUACGGCGGCACGACGCCCCUGGGCCAGGCCAUUGGCCUCGUCGUGCACAACCUCUACGACCCCAUGAGCCAGACGGGCCUGCUCAUGGUCGGCAUCAUGAACGCCAUCUCGAGCGGCCUGUUGCUGUUUGCCGGCCUCGUGCAGCUGCUGGCCGAGGACUUUUUGACGGAAAAGAGCUACACGACGCUGCACGGCCGCCGGCGGACGCAGGCGUUCGUGUCGGUCGUGGCCGGCGCCACGCUGAUGGCUCUCACUGCUGUAUACACUCGUUUUUGUAUUCUUUUUUUGACCUCGUUUCUCCUUCUCGCGCUGUUCUCUUCGUUUGUCUUCCGCCCUCUCUGCCUGCUACGCACCCUCACCCUCGCAUCCUCGCUCGCACUACUCUGCCGCAAAUGUCAUCGCGUUCCAGCCAUACGCCCUCUGCAGCCGCUUCCCAAUCCACCGCACGUCCGCCGGCGCCAAUUUCGGGGGAGCGUCGCUGUCGGCCGACACAGGCGCCCUGAAGAGGCUGGGCCGCGGCGUCGUCGACUUGUUCUUGUCGGCGCCCCGGCGCCCGGCGCCUUUGGCCGUCGCCACAAUGGCCGCCAUCUUCGCCACCGGACCCGGCACAAACAGCCACGCGGACCCGUACAGCCGCUCGGCCGUGAACCCAGCCGUUUGGAGGGCGUGUACCACAUCCGGCCACGUGAGCGUAGCAGGCGUCGCGGUGCUGCCCUUGCCAUCGGAGGGCGGGAAGAGGGCGCGGAAGACGCGCGCCGCGCGCCGGUCGACCAGACGGCGGUCCACGCCGGACCCCGACCCCGACCCAGAUCCAAACAAGGCCUUGUCGUACUUGUCGUCCUCGCGCGUCAGCAUGUCGCGGAGCCGCGGCGUCAGGGCCUUGUUGGCGUCGAGCGUCUGGUAGACGGUGGCCCAGAAAAUGGCGAGCUCGCCGGCAUCCUUGUCGGUGGUGGUGGCGGCCGCGUCGCGGCCCACAAACGACGGCGCGGCGACGUCCAGCCCGUGCUCGAGCAGCGCCCGCAGGUGGCCCAUGGACAUGUGGAAGUCCAUGACGAGAAUGUCGCGCACCUCCGUGUCCUGCUGCACGGUCUGGUCGUACGCGGCCGCCCACGGCUGAAACGCGUCCAGCAGCAGCGUGCAGCGCGCAUACAGCGCGACGGUGGCCACCUGGUCCGCCGUCCAGGCCGACAGCAGCCCCGUGGCGCGCGACGCGGCCUCGAGCUCGUCGAGCAGCGUCUGGCGGCCAAACAGCUGCCGCGUCGCGUCGUCCUGGAGACCCGUCAGCGACCAGAGGGCCGCGGCGACGGGCUGGCCGCUGUCGCGGCCGGCGGUGGCGGCAUGGCCGUCGCUUUCGUCGCCGACCAGGGGCGGGGCGUCCGCGCCCUCGGCGGCCACCACGUGCGUCUUGCCGUCGUCCGUCUCCGCGUCCCGCUCCAGGCGGUAGUGCUGCCGCACCGCCGGCGCCGAAAAGGCGCCCGUCUGCAGCAGGCCGACGGGCUCGUUCUCGAAGCUGCGGAUGUGGUAGUAGAGGGCGUAAAAGGACAACAAGACGUCGCGCGGCAGCCGGCCGGCAUCGGGCCCCGCCUGCGCCGCGGCCACCGCCGCGGCGUGCUUCUCCAUCUGCUGUGCCAGCAGAUGCACCUUGCUGUACACCAGGUUCCACGUUUCGGCCUGCUCCAGCGCGCGGCGCAGACAGGCGUCGACGACCGUGAGCGACACCGUCUCCGUCUCCGACUCGGCGGGCGCCACGCCGUCGGUCGUCGUCAGGCGCUCUUUGCGGUGCAGCGCCCAGUCCCGCAGCGUCGCCCGCAGGUACGCCGGGUCGGUGCGCAGCGCCCACACGUGGUCCUCGGCCUCCCAGACCUUGGCAUUCGUCAUGUCCAGCAAGGCCUGCAAGUGCUGGGUGUCGAGCGACGUCGGCGGCACGCGGUAGGGCGUCUCGAGGGACCGCAGGGGCUGGUCGACGUACGCGGGCGUGUCGAGGACGGACGUUUCUGUGGACGGUUCGGUGUGUCCGUUCUUUCCAUUCGACGCUGUGUCGUUGGCCUUGUCCUUGUCCUCCUCCUUCUUCUUUUCCGAGACCUCGCCGUUGCCGUCCGCCGCGGCGCCCAGGAUGGCCCGCACCGCAAGCACCAGAAAUCGGUAGAGCCGCGCCUGGACGGUCAAGAUCCACAGGCCCUCGCCCGGGUGCGUCCCGCGCGUGGCAAACGAGUCGCUGCCGGGCGCCUCCGUCUGGUCGGCCGUCAGCGCCUCCAGCUCGGCCCACGUGUACAGCUGGCCAUACGUCGCCGGCGACGUGCGCCCGGCGAACAGCAUCGAGUACUGGUUGAGGUACCGCGGCAGCAGCGCCAGGCAGGCCUUGCCCAGCCGCGUGGUGGCCAGGUCGGCGGCGGCAAACGCCUCGGGCGGCGCGGCGGCGCGCGACGUGGCCAGCAGCCAGAGCGCACGGGUGCUCGACGGCCGCAGCGCCAGGUCCUGCAGCGACAGGUGCGGCCACAGAAAGGCGGCGCGGUCGUCGGCCGUCCAGUCGAGCAGCGUGACCAAGUUUUCGGGCGCCGCAAAGGAGCUGCUGCCGCCACCAGCACUACCACCAGUACUGCUGUCCUUGAGCUGCUGGCCCUUUUCGCGCUCGCGGCGGCGCCAGGCGACGAGAUCGGGGCGGUGCGGGAGCGGGAGCGCGGUGGGUGUGCCGUUGCCGUCGUCAUCGUCGUCGACGGACGACACGGCCGCCGCCGCCAUCGUCCACGCCUCUUGUAUCAGGUCCCGCCGCUUGCGCUUCUUCAGACUCUUCCAGCGGUCAUGGAGGAGAGACUCGUGGGGCGUCACCAGCGCCUUGAGGGCGCCCCAGUCCUGGAAGAUGGCGUCCGCCAAGGGCCGCGCCUGGGCGACCACCUCGCUGGGGCGAAUAAACGAGGGCAAGGGAAGUCCGCCGGCUUUCCCAAUGUUGAGACGGUCAAAGAGGGCCCGUUCCUCGUCGGUGAAGUCGCUUGGUUCUGUCAUUGUGGGGGGGUCAGGGUGAAUUCAAGUUGUAUCGAGACAGAGAUGGAGUGUUGA